AUGGCGGGCCACGAGGAGUCUGGGCUUCAAGGAUGCAGGUCCAUGCUGCAGGGCAUCCUGAGGCUGCUUCGGAACCCUCUCAAACUCCCAGCCGUCGACGAUGAGCGCCCCUGGUUGUUUCCCCUGCAACCGGUGUCUGCAGAUGAAGAUGAGGAGCAGCUAGGUACCAUGCCAGGGAGGGCGGUGGGCCUGUCCUGCCGAGCGAACGUGGAGGCUCUGGACUUGAAGCUCUUCUGGAAGGGGCAGGGGCAGCUGAAAUGCAUCUGCUUGCUCAUGACGAAGGAGGGCAAGUACAUUCAACAUGUUUGGGAAGGUGGGAGCCGCUCUGCGGGCAUCCGGUACCGGCCACACCACCCGCGAUGCUCGCAGGAUGCUGGCGUUGGUGCUGAUGAGGAGGAUCUCUCACAGUUGGACACGGUGCUGGGGGACAGCAUUUCCUUGGACCUUGGCCGCUUGGAUGAGAACGUCUUUGCGUGCCUCUUCUCCUUGGCGGGAACGGAUGAGGGCCUGGGUUUUGCUUCUGAUGAUGCGCUGAUGCAGUUCAGGGAGCUCACGAUGGCGCUCUACUCAGCCAGCAGCCAGGAGAUGAUUUUCAGGUAUCGCCAGGGAUGCUUGCGCAAGGAGUGCAACAUCCUCACGAGCCUUUGCCUCUACCGUGGGCCCCAUCAGACAUGGCGGCUGGAGCCAAUGCGUCUCCAUCUCUAUUCCAUGCCUGCCAACAAGGUGGGUGUUGAUCCAGGCUUUGCAGCUGAGGAGAUUGCACUUUUCGUCGCUAACAAAGUACGAUGGCUGAUCAAGGACCGCUGUUGGAAAGUGGCGCGUGAGGAGCGAGGUCUACAGCUGUCAGGUAGCGAGAUGCGCUGA